CCGUCCAGUUUCUGGGCUGCGGGCGGCUCGAGCCCCGCCCACUUGGCUGGGGCCUCGCGCCGGCUCUGCUGCUCUCCCCUCUUCUUCCCGUCUCGCGCCGGCGGCUCCGGCGAGCCGGGAAGGUCAAGCGCAAUAUUGCAUAGAUUUGCAAAAAAGAGACAAGCGGGGCCGGAGCGGGCAGCAGGGCGCAAAGGGCGGGAGGGCAUCUGUGUGGCUUCCUAACGGGGUGAUCCUGCCUGCUGAAUCUUGGACAACAUGGCAAGUUUUAUUCUACGUACAGUUUCGACAAGCUGCUCCAGUCCCCUUUUCAACAGUGCGCUGUCUCACAAGGCGAAGACUGUGAAGACACCAUGCCUACGAGCCUUCCGCGUGCACCGGGUGCUCUGGUGCCAGGCUCCUGUCAAACCAGGUAUCCCAUAUAAGCAGCUGACUGUGGGUGUUCCCAAGGAGAUAUUUCAGAAUGAGAAGAGAGUUGCCUUGUCGCCAGCAGGAGUUCAAGCCCUGGUUAAACAAGGGUUUAAUGUUGUUGUGGAGUCGACUGCAGGAGAAGCUUCCAAAUUCUCUGAUGACCAUUACAGAGAGGCAGGGGCACAGAUCCAAGGGACGAAGGAAGUCUUGGCAUCUGAUCUAGUCGUCAAGGUGAGAGCUCCUAUGUUGAAUCCAGCUCUUGGCAUGCACGAGGCAGAUCUCUUUAAGUCAUCUGGUACCCUAAUCAGUUUUAUCUACCCAGCUCAAAACCCAGACCUCCUGAACAAACUGUCAGAAAGAAGAACCACUGUCUUGGCUAUGGAUCAGGUCCCUCGCGUGACCAUUGCUCAAGGAUAUGAUGCUCUCAGCUCCAUGGCCAACAUCGCUGGCUAUAAGGCAGUUGUGUUGGCAGCCAAUCACUUUGGUCGUUUUUUUACGGGUCAGAUCACGGCAGCUGGCAAAGUCCCUCCAGCAAAGGUUCUGAUCAUUGGUGGUGGAGUCGCAGGCUUAGCAUCUGCAGGAGCAGCUAAAUCAAUGGGAGCUGUGGUUCGUGGGUUUGAUACCAGAGCUGCAGCAUUGGAACAGUUCAAAUCACUAGGUGCGGAGCCUUUGGAGGUUGACCUAAAAGAAUCUGGGGAAGGGCAGGGAGGCUAUGCAAAAGAGAUGUCUAAAGAGUUCAUUGAAGCCGAGAUGAAACUCUUUGCAAAACAGUGCCAAGAUGUUGACAUUAUCAUCACGACAGCUCUCAUUCCUGGUAAAAAAGCUCCAAUCCUUUUUCGGAAAGAUAUGAUUGAAUUGAUGAAGGAAGGCUCAGUUGUUGUAGACCUAGCUGCUGAAGCUGGGGGAAACAUUGAAACUACAAAGCCAGGAGAACUCUAUAUUCACAAGGGAAUUACACACAUAGGUUAUACGGACCUUCCCAGCAGAAUGGCCACCCAAGCCAGCACGUUGUAUUCCAAUAACAUCACCAAGCUCCUGAAGGCCAUCAGCCCGGACAAGGAGAAGUUCUUCCUUGACAUAAAGGAUGAAUUUGACUAUGGUACCCUGGACCAUGUUGUAAGAGGAACAGUGGUAAUGAAGGACGGAAAAGUGAUUUUUCCAGCACCACCUCCCAAGAACAUUCCUCAGGCAGCGCCUGUGAAGCAGAAGACUGUGGCAGAGCUGGAAGCAGAAAAAGCAGCCACCAUUACACCCUUCAGGAAAACAAUGACGACUGCCUCUGCAUACACAGCAGGACUCAGUACCUUGCUCGGAUUGGGUGUUGCCGCUCCAAAUUCAGCUUUCACUCAGAUGGUGACAACAUUUGGCUUGGCUGGGAUUGUUGGGUACCACACGGUGUGGGGUGUGACUCCUGCACUCCACUCACCACUCAUGUCUGUAACGAACGCCAUCUCAGGGUUGACAGCUGUUGGUGGAUUGGCACUGAUGGGGGGACAAUAUCUCCCUGAUAAUGUGCCUCAAAGCCUUGCUGUUCUUGCUGCUUUUGUGUCCUCUAUCAACAUUGCAGGUGGUUUCCUAGUCACGCAGAGGAUGCUGGAUAUGUUCAAGCGCCCCACUGAUCCCCCCGAAUACAAUUACUUGUACCUGUUGCCUGCUGGCACUUUUAUAGGAGGAUAUGCAGCAGCUCUCCAUAGCGGAUAUAACAUUGAACAGAUGAUCUACCUGGGUUCAGGCUUGUGCUGUGUCGGUGCUCUGGCUGGCCUCUCCACCCAAGGAACAGCUCGGCUUGGCAAUGCUUUGGGCAUGAUGGGUGUUGCCGGGGGCAUGGCAGCUACUCUUGGAGGCCUAAAACCAUCCCCUGAGCUGCUGGCGCAGAUGUCAGGCGCAAUGGCUCUUGGUGGCACCAUAGGUCUGACAAUUGCCAAACGUAUCCAGAUUUCGGAUUUACCUCAGUUAGUGGCUGCUUUCCACAGCUUGGUUGGCCUGGCUGCUGUCCUCACCUGCGUUGCAGAGUACAUGAUUGAGUAUCCUCACUUUGAUACUGAUGCAGCUGCAAACCUCACCAAGAUUGUGGCUUACCUUGGCACAUAUAUCGGAGGUGUAACCUUCAGCGGCUCUCUCGUCGCUUAUGGAAAGCUCCAAGGUAUCCUGAAUUCUGCCCCCCUCCUCUUACCAGGCCGGCACUUACUGAAUGCCGGCUUACUCACUGCAAGUGUGGGAGGAAUGAUUCCCUACAUGAUCGAUCCUAGUUACACAACUGGACUGACCUGUCUAGGGUCUGUGUCUGCUCUAUCUGCUGUUAUGGGUGUCACUUUAACAGCAGCCAUAGGCGGGGCUGACAUGCCCGUCGUCAUUACUGUAUUGAACAGCUAUUCUGGCUGGGCACUCUGUGCCGAAGGAUUCCUACUCAACAACAACUUGCUAACAAUUGUGGGCGCGCUUAUUGGGUCUUCUGGUGCCAUCCUGUCUUAUAUCAUGUGUGUGGCCAUGAAUCGCUCUCUUGCUAACGUGAUCCUUGGCGGGUAUGGCACUACUUCGACAGCUGGUGGGAAACCCAUGGAAAUAACCGGCACGCAUACAGAAGUGAAUGUGGACAGCGCCGUUGACAUGAUAAAGGAAGCCAACAACAUCAUCAUCACUCCUGGUUAUGGUCUUUGUGCAGCAAAGGCUCAAUAUCCAAUUGCUGACUUAGUGAAGAUGCUGAAGGAACAAGGCAAGCAUGUCAGGUUUGGUAUUCAUCCCGUCGCCGGACGCAUGCCUGGACAACUGAAUGUGCUACUCGCAGAAGCCGGUGUGCCCUAUGACAUUGUCCUAGAAAUGGAUGAGAUCAAUGAAGACUUCCCAGAAACUGAUCUAGUCCUUGUCAUUGGAGCUAAUGACACAGUUAAUUCAGCUGCCCAGGAAGAUCCAAACUCCAUCAUUGCCGGAAUGCCUGUUCUAGAAGUUUGGAAAGCAAAGCAGGUCAUUGUUAUGAAGAGAUCUCUAGGUGUUGGCUAUGCAGCUGUGGACAAUCCAAUCUUUUACAAGCCCAACACUGCUAUGCUGCUUGGGGAUGCUAAGAAGACGUGUGAUGCCCUGCAGGCCAAAGUGAGGGAGUCCUACCAGAAAUAAACACCUCUUCUUUAAAAAGCUAUCCUUUGGCCAGUAUGAACAAAAAAAUCUAAAAUG